AUGGAGAUCCUGAACGUAUCAGACGAUAGCGACUGGAAGAUGAUUAAGUACUUUAACAAGAUGAGUAAGGACAUCAAAGAUAGCCUCAGAAACCAUUUAGACGUAAAGACUAUUCCUUUUAUUACAGCUGGCCCCACACGUACACGAGGAGACGCGCUCGGCAAUGAAUGGCACAAACUUCUGAGAGACACAUUAAAGGAAAAAAAAAUGACAGAGUAUCGGACUAAACACACCAUAUCGAUACUUGAACUGGGCAUAGAAAUAUUAAAUAGCAAUUUCUAUUUGUACGGAUUCAUGUAUAGUGAAAGUGAAUUGUCCCCGGAAGUUUAUUUCUGGCAAGGAGAAGCUGAUGCAAUCGGCUGGUACUACAACAAAAAGAGAGGCCAAUAUGAGUACGUAAUUGUUGACUGGAGAGUUAAGCGCGAUCUACUGCAUUUCUGGGUGUCCGACGACACAUUUGGAAUGUACCUACACCAGGGCUUACUGUACGCAAAACUUCUCCAGGUACUCUUGAAGCUCGACUAUCUACCAUCGGUGUUAAUUGCCCCCAUCUCUGACGAAAACGAGUGUGUUGUCCAGCUCGGUCUUUUCUCAGAGUAUCCAGAUGAGUGCAAGAAGUUGAUAAACGAUGACUUCUGCUGGCAUGGCAAUGUACCCGAAUCUCUAUCACAAACGAUCUAUGCGAAAGCAACACUGUUUGAUCAAAUUGUCUGUUUUGAAUCUCCCAUUGGAGCUAAUGUACUUCUUAGAUGUAUAUUUCGAGAAAAUGCAACUGUUGGGGACUUAUUAGAGGCUCUUGGCCCUACCACACGCUCGCUGACACUUAUUCCUGAUCAAAAUUAG